AUGGAUUCCUCAAAGGUCCCAGUCAAAUUGGCUAAGGUUAUUAAAGUCCUUGGACGUACCGGAUCUCGUGGUGGUGUCACCCAAGUCCGUGUCGAAUUCAUGGAUGACACUUCUCGUUCCAUCAUUCGUAACGUUAAGGGUCCUGUUCGCGAAGACGAUAUCCUUGUCUUGUUAGAAUCUGAACGUGAAGCUAGACGCUUGCGUUAA